CGUUUCCAUGGCAGCGGGAGCCAACAGGGAGGCGCCGCCAUGAGCCCGCCCGAAGUGGAGCCGCUCGUGUGCCAGAAGUACGAGAUCAAGAGGCGCCUGGGCAAGGGGGCCUACGGCAUCGUCUGGAAAGCAAUCGACCGCAGGACAGGAGAAAUAGUUGCUGUUAAAAAGAUUUUUGAUGCUUUCAGGAACAGGACGGAUGCUCAGAGAACAUUUCGAGAGAUUAUGUUCCUGCAGGAAUUUGGAGAACAUCCAAAUAUCAUCAAGCUGCUCGAUGUUAUCCAAGCUGAGAAUGACAAGGAUAUCUACCUCAUCUUCGAGUCCAUGGAGACAGAUUUACAUGCUGUUAUUAAGAAGGGGAAUUUGCUGAAAGACAUCCACAAGUGUUACAUUCUCUACCAGCUCCUGAAGGCAACUAAAUUCAUCCACUCGGGGAAUGUCAUUCACAGGGAUCAGAAGCCUUCCAAUAUCCUGCUGGAUGCAGAGUGCUGUGUGAAGCUGUGUGACUUCGGGCUGGCCCGUUCCCUGUGCCAGCAGGGCGAGGACCAGCCCAGCCCCGCGCUGACCGAGUACGUGGCCACGCGCUGGUACCGCGCCCCCGAGAUCUUACUGGCCUCUCGCAGUUACACUAAAGGUGUAGACAUGUGGAGCAUUGGCUGCGUUCUGGGAGAGAUGCUGCUUGGGAAACCUCUUUUCCCUGGAACAUCAACAAUGAAUCAAAUAGAGCAGAUCCUAAGGGUCAUCCCUGCUCCGUCCCCAGAAGAUAUUUUGGCUCUGCAAUCAGAGUACAAGGCCUCAGUUAUUAACCACAUGAGUUCCCGGCAGCGAGUAACAUUUGAGGAGAUUUUCCCAUCCUCUACUCCACUACCUGCCUUGGAUUUGCUGAAGAAACUUCUGGUAUUUAACCCUGACAAACGGCUCACAGCAGAGGAGGCUCUGCAGCAUCCUUAUGUGAAGAGAUUCCACUGUCCUUCCAGGGAGCCCUCUUUGGAUUAUAAUGUGGUCCUUCCUUUGGGUGAUGAUGUCCAGCUGUCUGUGGCAGAAUAUCGAAAUAAAUUAUAUGAGUUGAUCCUUGAAAAAAAAUCAAGGAGCCUUCUAAAGGAGCGAGGGCGGAGAGAAAACAUUCAGCUGAGCCAGUCUGAAUCCAGCCCACUUCUCCCAAAUUUCAGCUCAGUGACUGUACCCACCAGAAAAGUCCAGCAAGAACCAGCACCUCCUCUCCUAAACCCUUCACAUGUGCAUGCAGGAGCCACAGCUGGAGUCCAGCCAACAGGAUCCAGCCAGAGCAAGGAUUUGGCCAGAACUGUGUGUCAGAGAUCACAGAUCAGUGUGAUGAUGUACAACCCCAUCACACACACCACUGUGCAGAGAAAUGCAAAUCUUGGUGCUGGGAUCAGGAACUUUUCUGCACCACCUCAACAGCCCAGAAUCUCCAACAAUGGGAAACUAGGGAGACAAAUCUCAUGGACAAACACUGGGCUCCCUCCUACAAGUGUGCAGAACCUUUAUAAUAAUCCCAGAAACUCUCAGUGUCACAGCAAAGAUGUUCGUCCCCUUCUGAAGCCCAGUAAAAAGAUGUUCCAGAUCACUGCAAAUGUGGGAGCUGCGGGUGAUCCAAGAGCAUCGAUGGGCAGCUACUCCCAGGCCUAUGGAACCAUCAGUAAAUCUGCGCUGCAGAGUCUUCCGAUAACAAAGGCCUCCCAAAACCCCGAGCAGUGAAUGUGGAGAUGUUCCAGCCAGGUGAAGUACAGCUCAUCUCUCAGCCCCUGACUGAGCAGGGACAACAAGGGAGAGCAAAAUAUGAGGAAAUGCUUUAGUCACAGCAUGGGACAAUAUCCUCCUUUCCUCUGGACAAGCCAACAGGAAAGGGAAUCCAACCCAUCUGCCUUCCAGUCUCACCAGACAAGGGCACGACAUGUUUGCUCCCACACUUGUGAGAACAGUGAACAUGUCAGUUCAUGCUUCUUGUUUGAAUUGUCACAAAAAAAUUACAGAAAACUGCAAUAUUCUAAUACUUGAGUGGUUUUAGACAUAUUCAGGGCCCAGGGGAACCUCCUGAAUUUCAGCAAGGCCAGGUGCGAGGCCAAGCAAAUGCUCUGAGGGCUGGAGCCCCUCUGCUCUGAAGCCAGGCUGGGUGAGCUGGGGGUGUUCAGCCUGGAGAAGAGAA